AUGGAAGAACCCACCUACGACGCAAGCCUCCCCCUCGCAACCACCACCCUCGUCUACCAAUACAAACUAGUCAACUGCCCCGGCAAGACCAUCGUCGGCCUGCUGGUCGAAUAUCCCCCCAACGGUGCCACGCCGCCCCACCGACACGGCGGCGCGUCCGUGUCAGCCUACGUGAUCAGGGGCGCCGUGCUGUGCAAGAUGAACGACGACCCGGUGCAGACGAUCAAGCAGGGCGGGUCGUGGUACGAGGCGCCCGGGUGCCAUCAUCGGAUCAGCGCCAACGCCAGCACGACGGAGCCGGCGGCGUUCUUUGUGAGCUUUGUGCUGGAGACGGAGGUGUUGGAGCGGGAGGGGCCGGGGGUGUUGGUGCAGGUUGACGAGGAGUAUAGGGAAGUUGUUGCGCGGAAGAUGAGGAUGGAGGUGUGAGGGUUUGUUCAAGAGGGCUGUGGAUGGGGCGUUGUCUUCGGACUUGAUUAAGCAAUUGUCUUUCUGGUCGGAGAGUCUGUAAAUGUUUCUCUUGAUCCCAUAAUCAGACAACGACAAAUUGAAGUGGUGAUUGAGGAUUGAUGCAGCUUCA